CUCUAUCCUUGCUUUCUCUCCCUCCCUCUAUCCUUACUUUCUCUCCCUCCCUCUAUCCUUUCCCUUUCUCUAAUAUCUCAAAUCAUUAUACCAAAUUUCUCCUUCUACUCCGUACAGCUUCAACAAAUCUAAGAUUUCCUCGAACUAACGAAAUCUCCCGCUUACCUAGAUUAAAUAUUCCUCAUCAUGAGUGGAGGCAGCGGGACCCCCCCUAAAUCCUCGGUGGUCGUUGAGGCCCACGAGGUCGACACCUUCCACGUCCCCAAGGCCUUCUACGAGAAACACCCAACGGGGACCCAUCUGAAAGAUCUCGACGACUACAAGAAGCUCUAUGAAGAAUCCAUCCGCCACCCCCACACUUUCUGGGCUCGCAUGGCCCGCGAGCUUCUCACCUUCGACCGCGACUUCCAAACCACCCACGUCGGCUCCUUGGCAAACGGAGAUAAUGCCUGGUUUGUUGAGGGCCGACUGAACGCCUCCUUCAACUGCGUCGACCGGCACGCCCUGAAGAACCCCGACAAGGUCGCCAUCAUCUACGAGGCCGAUGAGCCCAACGAGGGCCGCACCAUCACCUAUGGCGAGCUGCUCCGGGAAGUCUCCCGCGUCGCCUGGGUUCUGAAGCAGCGCGGCGUGAAGAAGGGGGACACCGUCGCCAUCUACCUGCCCAUGAUUCCCGAGGCCGUCAUUGCCUUCCUCGCCUGCUCGCGCAUCGGUGCCGUCCACUCCGUGGUCUUCGCGGGCUUCUCCUCCGACUCGCUGCGGGACCGCGUCCUCGAUGCAGGCUCCAAGGUCGUCAUCACAACCGAUGAGGGGAAACGGGGGGGCAAGGCCAUUGGAACGAAGCGCAUCGUGGAUGAGGCCCUGAAGCAAUGUCCCGAGGUCACCAGUGUUCUGGUCUACAAGCGCACCGGCGCCGAUGUGCCCUGGACCGAGGGCCGGGACGUCUGGUGGCACGAAGAGGUCGAGAAGUACCCCUGCUACCUGGCGCCUGAGUCCAUGAACUCCGAAGAUCCGCUCUUUUUGCUCUACACAUCCGGGUCGACCGGAAAGCCCAAGGGCGUCAUGCACACCACCGCCGGGUACCUCCUCGGGGCCGCUAUGACGGGCAAAUACGUCUUUGAUAUCCAUGAAGAUGACCGCUACUUCUGCGGCGGUGAUGUCGGAUGGAUCACGGGCCACACCUAUGUAGUCUAUGCGCCCCUGCUGCUCGGAUGCGCUACCGUGGUCUUCGAGAGUACCCCCGCCUACCCCAACUUCUCCCGCUACUGGGAUGUCAUUGAACAGCACAAGGUCACCCAGUUCUACGUCGCCCCCACCGCCCUGCGCCUGCUGAAGCGGGCCGGCGAUGAACACAUUCACCACAAGAUGGAACACCUCCGGAUCCUGGGAUCCGUGGGCGAGCCCAUCGCCGCUGAGAUCUGGAAAUGGUACUUUGAGAAGGUUGGAAAGGAGGAGGCUCACAUUUGCGAUACCUACUGGCAAACAGAAACCGGUUCCAACGUCAUUACUCCCCUGGGUGGCAUUACCCCCACCAAGCCCGGCAGUGCCUCUCUGCCCUUCUUUGGAAUCGAACCGGCUAUCAUCGACCCGGUCUCGGGCGAGGAGAUUUUGGGCAAUGAUGUCGAGGGAGUGCUUGCUUUCAAGCAGCCCUGGCCAAGUAUGGCCCGCACCGUGUGGGGGGCUCACAAGCGCUACAUGGACACAUAUCUGAAUGUGUACAAGGGCUACUACUUCACUGGUGAUGGUGCUGGCCGUGAUCACGAAGGAUACUACUGGAUCCGUGGCCGUGUCGAUGAUGUGGUCAACGUUUCCGGUCACCGUCUAUCGACUGCCGAAAUCGAGGCCGCUCUGAUUGAACACCAUAUGGUCGCCGAGGCCGCUGUGGUUGGUAUCGCCGACGAACUGACCGGCCAGGCUGUCAACGCCUUCGUUUCUCUCAAGGAAGGUAACGAGACCAACGACCAGGUCCGCAAGGAUCUGGUCAUGCAGGUUCGCAAGUCGAUCGGACCCUUCGCUGCGCCCAAGGCCGUCUUUGUGGUUGAUGAUCUCCCCAAGACCCGUAGCGGCAAGAUUAUGCGCCGAAUUCUGCGCAAGAUUCUCAGUGGCGAGGAGGACAGUUUGGGUGACACCUCAACGCUGUCCGACCCCUCUGUGGUGGACCGGAUCAUUGCCACAGUGCAUGCUGCGCGAGGAAAAUAAGCAGUUGCAACGAACAAAGUUACCCCAAAAAAAGGCUUACAAUGGUGGGAUUCUUGAAUGGAUACACUAUGAUAUA